CAUUAUCUUAUCCUCGAUCCCACAACAGGAAUACAGGAAAACAAACUUUAUUCGUAUGCAAAAGGUCCAAAGACUAACUGCAUCCAUUUUCAUGUUAGAAAAUGGAGGGAAACAAUUCAAUCUCGCGCCCAUCCGAUAUGUUGAUCAGAAUCAAGGAUUUUACUCGAUCGAUAAUCAAAGGUAUGUGUAAGGAACAAUCUUCUUUUGUUGUGCACAUUGAUCGAUUCAGGAACUACUGUACUGACUCUUCUGGUCACUGUUGCUGCAGUUCUGAUACGGCCAAGGGAAAGGAGCUUAUAACACUACAACGUGAAUGUCAUGUUCAUCGGCUGGAUGUCUUGCUAAGAGUGCUGCUGAUUGUUCAGCAACUUCUGCAAGAAAACAAGCAUGGCUCAAAGAGGGAUAUAUUCUACAUGCAUCCAUCUGUUUUUAGAGAACAGUCGGUGGUUGACCGUGCAAUCAAUGACAUCUGCAUCCUUCUGCAGUGCAGUCGCCACAAUCUGAAUGUAGUGUCUGUUGGGAAAGGAUUGGUGAUGGGAUGGCUAAGAUUCUCAGAAGCUGGAAGGAUAUUUGAUUGCAUUAACAGUCCCAAUUCUGCUCAUCCUGUUCCGGUGAACGUUGAAGACGUAAAAGAUAUCAUGAGUGUUGCCAAAUAUAUAUUGAUUGUGGAGAAAGAAUCAGUUUUUCAGCGACUAUCCAAUGAUCAGUUCUGCAAGAAAAACCAGUGUAUUGUCAUCACAGGAAGAGGUUAUCCAGAUGUUCCCACAAGAAGGUUUCUGCGGCUCAUCAUUGAAAAGUUGUGCCUGCCUACAUAUUGCUUAGUAGAUUGUGAUCCAUAUGGCUUUGACAUCUUGACUACAUAUCGAUUUGGUUCAAUGCAAAUGGCAUUUGAUGCAAAAUUUCUACGUAUAAGCAAUAUACAAUGGAUUGGAGUAUUUAUUUCUGAUGUGGAUAGAUUUAGUCUUCCGCAACACUGUCUACUUCCUUUGACCAAUGAAGACAAGUCGAGAACUGAAGCAUUGUUGCGUAGAUGUUACUUGGAAAGAGAAGUGCCAGAAUGGAGGUUGGAGCUGGAGUUGCUGAUGCAAAGAGGAGUCAAAUUUGAGAUUGAAGCAUUGUCAGCACACUCACUUUCUUUCUUGUCAGAGGUUUAUGUGCCAUCUAAGAUUAAAGCUGAACCCAGUACACAACAACUCGGAUCUGCAACGCAAACAAAACGACCCUCCACACUUGGAGCACAACCUCUUGGUACCAAAUCCCCUUCUAUCAACCGUGAACACUCCUUCACAAUCGUCAGACGGACAUUCAAUCUCCCGUGCAUUCUCCAAAGCAUAAAUUUCAGUCAAAGCAUUUGUCCAUCUUUCAUACACUUUUUCCGGAAUUAAGUUGCUGCAAAACUCUGGCUUCAAAACAGCUCUGCACUUGGAGCUUGGACACUUAACUUGUCUAACAUUUUCUUGAAUUUUCUUCUGGAGAUGACUCCCAAUGCAAUCUCCACAGAAUCUGUGAUGGCACUUGGGAACAUGAAUGGAAUCGGUGACUGAGAUCACAUCCAUGCAUACGUCACAACUCACAGUUGAUGGUCCCCCUUUUUUUUCUUCUCUCCUUUGUUUUUUGUUACUCACUUCAACUCUUCCCUCUAUAACUGUUAUCAUUUGAUCAUAUAUCUGUUUUUGUUUCUUGUCAUCUACUUCUGAUCUUUCCUCUCUAUCCAUUGUUGUGAAUAUAGUAUUCUAAUUUACACACACAAAUGCUAACUCUCUGUGCUGAUGGGGUUUAGUUUAUGCUCUGGGCUAUGGAGAGUAUUAUGAUAAAGGUAAUUACUAGUUACCUUAUUAAUCUAGCUGGAGAAUAUGCUAAUAAGAGACAUGGUAACAGUUAGUUUCUUUAUGUGCAGACUCUUUUAGUACGUGGAACUCUUUUAGAUAAAGAAUUCUGCGUACAAAUUUUAAUUUGGGUCAUUUGUUAACUCCUGUUCCUAAAAAACACUUUUGAAGUAAAUUUUUAAGAUGGGUAUAAAA